GCCUAUAGGGGACAGCAGGAGGAAGGGAGGAGGAAGCCAAAAAAGAAAGAGAGAAAGAGAGACUCAAGGACUUCCAGCUUGGAGGGGAAGGAGUCACCCAGGAGGAAAGAAGGGAAGAAGGAGAAAGAGAGAGAGAGAGAGAUUGGAUCCCUUGCACUCUUCCAUCCAGGCGGCGCCAUGUCCGAAGGGGUUGAUUCUCAGCCGGUGGCCCUAGGAGCAUCCCGCGUGGAGCUCCGGGUUUCCUGUUGGAGCCUCCCGGAGCGCGAAAGUGCUAUCAGGCCGGACCCCUGCCUGGUGGUCCAGCUGCUCAGCGAUGGACAGUGGAAUGAGGUUGGUCGCUCUGAAAUCCUCCGUGGAUCCAAGAACCCCGUCUUUGCUCAUGUCUUUGCCCUGGACUAUUUCUUUGAAGAGAUGCAGACCUUGCGAUUUGAAGUUUUUGAUGCUGACGGAGAGGAUUCGGAGAAUGUGGAAUUUGACGAUAGCAGCUGCCUCGGGGGAAUUGAAUGUAGUUUGGGUCAGAUUGUCUCCCAGACCAAGGUCACCAAAAAUCUGGUGCUGACAAAUGAAGACAUUGCAGAGGACUCAACAAUCACGAUCGAGGCUGUGGAGGUGUCCAGAACAAACGAAUUUGUACAACUACAGUUCCAUGGGGAAGAACUAGAUGACAAGGAUUUCUUCAGCAAAUCUGACCCCUUCCUGGAAAUAUACAAGAUCAAUGCAAAUGAGACAGGGCACCUGGUUUGGAGGACAGAGGUAGUGAAGAACAACCUGAGUCCCCAGUGGGAACCAUUCCGUGUCUCCUUGCAAUCUUUGUGCAGCUGUGAUCCUGACAAGACCAUCAGGUGUGUCAUUUAUGAUCACGACUCGAGUGGAAAACAUGACUACAUUGGUGAGUUCAGCACCAACUUCCAGGAAAUGCUGCAAGCCUCCACAGGAGAUGAGGUGAAAUGGGAAUGCAUUAAUCAUAAAUAUCAAGAAAAAAAGAAGCACUACAAGAACUCCGGGUACAUUGUUCUCACUCAGUGCAAGAUGGAGAAAGUUCACACAUUCCUGGAUUACAUUAUGGGCGGUUUACAAAUCUCCUUUACGGUGGCCAUUGACUUUACAGCCUCCAACGGAGACCCCCGGAGCGAACACUCCCUUCACUUCAUCAACCCCAAGGAACCCAACGAAUACCUGAAAGCAUUGUCCUCGGUGGGAGAGAUCUGCCAAGACUAUGACAGCGACAAGCGGUUCCCCGCCUUUGGCUUUGGAGCGCGGAUCCCUCCAGACUUCGAGGUGUCACACGAUUUUGCUGUCAAUUUCGACCCUGAGAAUCCAGAAUGUGAAAGGAUUGCUGGAGUGAUUGAGGCUUACAAGCGUUGCCUGCCCCAAAUCCAGCUCUAUGGUCCAACCAACGUUGCCCCCAUCAUUAACAAAGUGGCAGCCCCUGCAGCCGAGGAAGAAAAAACAGGGAUGCCUACGAAAUACCGCGUCCUGUUGAUCCUCACGGAUGGCGUGGUGAGUGACAUGCCAGAGGCGUGCGAUGCCGUGGUCCGGGCCUCCCGCCUGCCACUCUCCAUCAUCAUUGUGGGUAUUGGGAAUGCUGACUUUUCCGACAUGCGGGAACUCAAUGGGGACCGCGGGAUGCUGGAGUCAGACGAAGGAAGGGCUGUUCGUGACAUCGUCCAGUUUGUACCAGUCCGGGAAUUCAAGAAGGCUCCCCCCAAUGCACUCGCCAAGUAUGUUUUGGCUGAAGUCCCCAAACAGGUGGUGGAGUAUUACGGGAGCAAAGGCAUUGCCCCUGCGACGCAGAGGUCUUCCUCCCCCCAGCCCCAGUGAGACCCACAUGCACCUUCCCCCGUGGGCAUGGUUUGUCCAGCACCUUAAUGUGCCUGUUUCUCUUUCCCCACACCUAUGUCUUCCAGCCCUUAAUCCCUUAGGACCUGUCCUCUGCCUUUUCUGGUGGGGAAAAGAGAGAGAAAGGAGAGAGGAAAAACAAGAGAGCACUUCGUCUUUGGCCUCCAGGCCUUCACCCGCGACUCAGGACGGCAGCUGGAACUGCACUCCAUCCAGAUGUUCCCAGCUGUUCCCCAUCUCCCCCUCCCGGCCCUCACGGAUCCUCACCCCAGAUAAGCCUGCAUUGAUGGUGAUGCCCAUUUCCUUCAAUAAACCAUCUCUC